GGCAUGUUCCCGGCGACCCGAUGAGUCAAGCUAUAGUAGCAGCAGGCUGCAGUCACUCGAUCACAGUACUAUCUAGAAUGAAGGUGCUCAUCAUUUCUCCCUGACUGUUCUACAUUUGCAGCAGGAUUCAUCAUCAUGAACGACGCGGAACAAAUUCGAGUUCACGAAGACGAGUCAAAUUCUGUUGAGGGGCCGGGCAAGGUUUUGUGUGGCAUCUGUCGUAGACAGUUUUAUAGGUAUACAUGUCCGGGGUGCAACGUGUCUUACUGCAGCCUGACGUGUUUUCGUUCAGAAGCUCACUCCCAAUGUUCGGAGGCAUUUUAUCGAAAAGAAAUCCAAACCAGCAUCGAAACGAAAUCUUCGAAAACACAUGAAGAGAGGGAAAAGAUGCUCGAGUUGCUGAAGCGCUUCGAUGAGCAAACUCAGGAGGAAGACAGCAACCUGCUGCGUGACCAGGAUGAAUCUGACAGUGACUCUAACAAUCUCGUCUCUAGAUUCGCCAGUGUGGAUAUUUCCUCAGCAUCAUCCGACGAAUUACUCAGACUUAUGACCAAGGAAGAAAUAGACAGGUUCUUCAACGCGCUCAGAGACCCGACCAGUCAAUUGGCCCAACGAUUACUGUCUAGCGAGGAAUUGCAGUCUGUGAGGCAAGAGCCAUGGUGGGAAGCUUCCCUGGAAGGAUCUUCGAGCGGGAGCAUGCGAUAUGGAUCAAAGCCUGCACUUAUGGAGGCCCCGCUCAACAUUGUAAAACGCCAGGCUAGCAGUCCUUCUCUGAUUUACAACAUUUGCGCUGUCCUUGUUUCUUAUGCUUUUGCUACCCGUCACCUAUCUAUUUCACCAUUAUCCUCUGCGCAAAAUGAUGUGCCAGAUGAAGCAGAGGCGCGCAGAAUUAUCUCGCAAGUUGUCCCAUUCCUGGUAGCUCGUCAGUCACAAGUGCUGUACUCGACGUUGAGCAGUGCCGUCACUGAUGUGUGGUCACGCUUUGACCCUGGGACCGUGGGCGCCGGGUCCUUGUCGGUGCUCUUGCGUGAUUUGUCCAUCAUAGCGAGACCCAGAUUAAUUGUCACCGCAUCUUCCGAUAACAGCUCAUUAAGCGAUCAUCCGUCUGCUACAUUAUUAGCCGCACUAUCGGACCUCUCUUGUCUUUUCGCUCCACGUUCGAUUGGUGUGCCUAGUCACAUUCAGAUGAAACUUAGAUUUUACGCCGCCCAAGUCCUCUCUACGCCUCCGCUCGUUUUUCGUGCACUUGCAAACGAAAUACAAGAUUACGCGCGGGCCCUGAAGGCGGAGGUAGGAUCAGUAAUGAGCAAUCCUAGUCUCCAAGGGAAGAACCUUGACGCUUCACAGCCAAAGCUGGCAUCGAACCCUGAUAUUAUAACCAGCGGCCAAAGCUUUGGGCCAUCGGAGUAUCUUCAGUAACAUGGAGGCU